AUGGAUGAAUUUUUGAAAGGAAAAAACAAAGGUUAUGGGCUUCCAGCUGAUGUUUGGAGUCUGGGAUGCACUGUGCUGGAGAUGCUAACAGGAAAAAUCCCAUACUCCAAUUUAGAAUGUGCAUGUCUCAUAUUAAUUUUGUUCCCAUUACGUUGUCUGAUGCAGGCAAUAUUUAGAAUUGGAAGAGGUGAGCCACCUCCUAUUCCUGACACUCUUUCAAGAGAUGCAAAGGAUUUUAUCUUGCAGUGUCUUCAAGUUAAUCCUGAUGAUCGUCCUACUGCUUCUCAACUCUUAAACCAUCCAUUUCUCCAAAGGCGACUAUAA